AUGGAUGUUCCUGAUCUGGCCUGCCCCCAAUCAAAACCAAAGAUUUGUCCGGAUAAACGCAAGACAUUGAAGCAACGCUUGCUUGGAUGCUUCCGGAGGGGCAAAGUGGAGUCAAUGCCGACUUCACAGAUUGAGGCCGAUCCAGCUAUCCCUGAUGCCAGGGAAGUUGCUGAUCUGGCAGAUUCUCAAUCGAAGAGUGUUGGCUUAAAGAAACACAAACAAAAGGCUUCAAAGAGCCGCUCAUUUCACAACCCUUGGAGAAAAAAAGGGAAGAGUAAAGUGAAAAAAGAUGCCGAUCCAGCUAUUCCUGAUGCCAUGGAUGGUGCGGAUCUGGCCAGUUUUGGUGGCAUCGCUGCAGCUAAUGCCAGGCUACAGAAGAUAGGUGCCAUUCCAGAGAAUAUUGGGUUAAAAGGUGGCGGAAAUCCCGACCCAAAUAAAGCUAAAAAUCCUGGGUCAAAAGAAGAUGGAAAUCCUGGGGCAAAAGCCCUUGAAAUCCCAGAAAUCCCUUACCAGAAGAUGAUAAAGUUGUCAGACACUUUUGAUUCUAAAUAUCAACUCUUGGAGGAGGAAGUGCUUGGGGAAGGUGGCUUUGGCAGCGUGUACAAAGGGAUCCGUAAAUCGGAUGGCAGUGAGGUUGCCAUCAAGCUAAUCAGCAGACAUAUAAAUGAUGGCACUAUUCAGAUUCCUGGAUACCCCAAACCGCUCAUUACAGAAGUGGGGCUGAUGCUUAAGUUAAGAGAUGCGCCCUCAUGCACCAAUGUCAUACAGUUGUAUGACUGGUACGAGACUAAACACUUUUACAUGCUCGUGUGUGAGUACCCACUGCACAGCGAAUCCUUGUUGCAAUUUGUUAAUCGUGAAGAAAAACUAAGUGAAAAUACAGCAAGACAUCUCAUGCGUCAGGCGGUACUGGCAAUGCAACACUGUCUGGAUAAUGGAGUUUUCCAUACCGACAUCAGUCCCGGAAACUUCUUGGUGCAGCAAUCAACAAUGAGCCUGAAGUUAAUUGACUUUGGGGUUGGACAUUAUCUGACGCAUGAUGAUGGCUAUGACAUUUGGGGAUCAUGUAGCACCUUGCUUGAGAUCGAAAAAUUCCCGGCCGUGCAAGAAACCGUCUGGGCCUUAGGUAAUGUGCUGUACUUCAUGGUGCAUGGAUCUUUCAUGAAUUCCAGGAAUCUGAAGAGAACUGAGAAGCGUUUAUCAAUGGAAAUCUAUGAUCUGUUAAGAGGUUGCCUGGCCAAGAAUCCAAGUGAUCGUCCGACGCUCAAGCAGAUCUUAGAUCAUGACUGGUUUAAAACUGAGUCUGACGAAGAAGAGCUACUCUUUCUACAACCAGAAAGCAAGAAUAGCACAGACAUUAAAAGGGCCACAGUUUCUCAGGAGUAG